AUGGGCAUGUUCGACGCAGAAAAACCCAUCUCAAAGCUGGACCGUCACCGCGUCUUGGCGCCCAAAGCGGGUGUGCGCGUCUCGCCGCUGUGCCUCGGUGGCAUGUCGCUCGGCGACGAGUGGAAGGACAUGCUCUCGGGCGGUCUGGAUAAACAGGGCUCGUUUGAGCUGCUUGACGCCUUCUACAAGCUCGGCGGCAACUUUAUCGACACCGCCAACGUCUACACCAACGGUCAGAGUGAAAGGUUCAUCGGUGAAUGGAUGGAGACGCGCAACAUUCGCGACGAGAUCGUGCUUGCCACGAAAGCUACCUCGCCCUACAAGGCGCGCGAACAGGGCACGCACAUCGGCACCAACUUUGUCGGCAACUCGGCCAAGUCGAUCUUUGUCUCGACGCGCGAUUCGCUCAAGAAGCUGCGCACCGACUACAUCGACAUCAUGUACAUCCACUGGUAUGACUGGUCCACCAGCAUUGAGGAGAUGAUGCAGGCGCUCAACCAGCUCGUGGUUUCGGGCAAGGUUUUGUAUCUCGGUGCGAGCGAUAUGCCUGCUUGGGUGGUUUCUGCUGCCAACACGUAUGCUCGCGCGCACAACCUGGCGCAGUUUGUUGUGUACCAGGGCAAGUGGAAUGCGAAGGACCGCGACUUUGAGCGCGAGAUCAUUCCCAUGGCGCGCGAGUUUGGUAUGGCGCUUGCUCCCUGGGGUGCUCUGGGACAAGGCCGUUUCAAGACUCCGGAACAGGUCGCCGAACGAGAAAAGACCCAGGGACCCCUUCGUGGCGGCGGAGGAGCACUCACGGAUGAGGAGAAGAAGAUCUCUGCGGUGCUCUACAAGCUUGGUCAAGAAGAGCUCGGUGGUCUGAGCAUCACCGGCGUUGCUCUGGCAUACGUGCUCUCCAAGUACCCUUACGUCUUCCCUAUCGUAGGUGGAACCAAGGUCUCGCACCUCGAGGACAACGUCAAAGCCAUCGGCACCGUGCUCAGCGACGAGCAGAUCAAGACAAUCGAGGCGACCGCUCCUUUCGAUAUCGGUUUCCCGCUCAACAUGAUCCGCGAAGACCCGCACCUCACGGGCGAGACGCAGAUGGGUUUCCUCGCUCACGGCGGUCACCUUGACUGGGUCAAGCAUCCCAAAGCGCCUUCGUUCCAGUAG